UUUCCAGGUUUUUGUAAGCGGCAGGCGGUUGGAGGUCAAAGGUCGGGGGUCCAGUGACCAUGAGGCAGGCGGUGGCGGCUCAGGUGUUAACCCCCCACUGUGAACUAGGAGAACACGGCCUGCGUCAGAUCCUGACUGAUGUGAUUGAGGAGGUGAGGCAGUCGGUGAAUCAGGACAUUGACGGAGCGGAGGUCCUCCACUGUCUGCUGAACGCCCCCUGGCUGCAGUCGCUGAUCAAGGUGUAUGAGUGUCUCCAGAGGUUCCUGAGAGGUUCCCCAGCUCCAGCUCUGGACUACGCUUCAGGACUUUCUCUUCAGUUGCUGAUCGACAUCAGAGCGCUGCCGGGCUGCUCUGAGGAGGCCAAAGAGCUCUACCGCAUCCUGAGACAGCCACACCUGCAGGCUCUGCUCUCAGCUCAUGAUACGGUGGCCCAGAAGGACUAUGAGCCGGUGCUGCCACCGAUGCCAGACGACCUGCCGGAUGAGGAGGAGGCCACCAGGAUCGUCUGCCUGGUGAAGAACAAACAGCCGCUGGGAGCGACGAUAAAGAGAAACGAGACCACGGGGGAGAUUUUUGUCGCUCGGGUGAUUCAUGGAGGGCUGGCUGAUCGAAGUGGUCUGCUCCAUGCAGGGGACAGGAUCAUAGAGGUGAAUGGUUUUCCUGUGGAUGGGAUGGAACCUGAGCAAGUCAUCCAAGUUGUGCAAGUGAGGUCACAGGGCACCAUCAUGUUCAAGGUCAUUCCCAUCACAGAGAGGCCGGUCCACAACCAGACGAUGCUGUACGUGCGCGCCAUGGCCGACUACAGCCCCCAGCAGGACCCUUCCAUCCCCUGCGCCGACGCAGGUAUGAGCUUCAGGAAAGGUGACGUGCUGGAGAUUGUGGACCAGACGGACGCCCUCUGGUGGCAGGCCAAGAAACUGCCCAGCAACACGGCCUGCGCCGGCCUCAUCCCCUCCACCAACCUGCUGAAGCGGAAGCAGAGGGACUUCUGGUGGUCUCAGCCUUAUCAGCCACAUGCCUGCUUACACACCUUGAGCACUGUAGAGGAAGAGGAAGACAUGAUGGCCAUCGAUGACAAAUGUGUCGAAGCAGACGAGGAGGCGUUUGAAUCUGAGGAGCUCAGAGAAGAUGAGGAUCAUUUCUGCAGCAACGCUGAAGGGAUCUACCUCGUGGGCUUCAGGCGCAGCAUGCGUCUGUGUCGGCGGCGGAGUCACAGCACCACCCAGCCGUCCUGCCACAUCCGCUGCCCCAGCAGCUGCUUCAGCGCCCUCAACAGCCCCUACGAGGAGGUGGUGCGCUACCAGCGCCACCCACAGGACGCACACCGCCUCAUCGUCCUCUUAGGGGCGUCCGGUGUGGGUGUGAAUGAACUUCGGAGGCGCUUGAUUGACAUUAACCCCAACAUCUUCCAGGGAGCUUUACCUCACACCACAAGAGCACCCAGAGGAUACGAGGAGGCUGGCAGAGAAUAUAACUUCAUCAGCAGAGAAUUGUUCGACCACAUGAUUUAUAACAACAGGUUUCUGGAGUACGGGGAGUACAAAGGGAGUCUGUACGGCACCAGCGUCGAGUCUGUGAGGGACGUUUUAAACAGCGGAAAGAUCUGCGUCAUGGACAUCGAGCCAAACGCCAUUCAGGCAGUGAGGACCCACGAGCUGAAGGCUUACAUCAUCUACGUGAAGCCUCCGCCACAGGAGCGCCUCAAGGAGACCAGACAGGACUCGUACAUCACCACCAACUACUACGUCAACCGACCGUUCAAAGAUGAAGACUUCCAGGAGAUUGAAGAAGCCGCCCGGAAGAUCGAGUCUCACUUCUGUCAGUUCUUUGACCUCGUGAUCGUCAACGAUGAGCUGCAGGACUCCUGCGUCCAGAUGCUGACGGCGGUGAGGAAGGCGCAGGACGAGCCUCAGUGGGUCCCGGCCAGCUGGAUACGACCCAUCACCACGUAAGAGAGGGCGGAGGAUGGAGGUGGAGGCGAAGGGGACACGAGAAAUGUGAUCCCUAUUAUCAUGGCAGCAAUUUUUAUCUUUAUUUUUACAGAUUCCUCACUGUACAAUCUUAACAUGUAAAUCAAUGUUCAUGAUUUAGGGGAGUAGGGUAUUGUUGUUACUUGUGUGCUUCUUAAACGAUAAACGAUAAACGAUAAACGAUAAAGAUGGAGCUGGAGCUCAAAGAAAUCCCUGGAAUUAUUAACUAGUAGUUAAAACAACUUAAGUGCAUCUUUGUCUCUGCUUUUGGGAGCAACACAAAUGACAGAUUUUCUAAAUUGAGCAGAACAUCGAGGCCAUAUCUCUCUCUGAGUGUUAUUAUGAUUAUUGUUAUCGGUUUCUUUCUUGCCCUGCUCCCCGCUCUUUUACACAGACCUGCAAUAAAGAAUGUGAUAUUUUUCCAUUUAAUGUUUACAUAUUAGAAAGAAAAGUGGUUUAUUGGUAUAUGUUUUGUUUUACAUUUGGAAUUGUGUCAUUUAUUUGGUGGUAUAGCCUAAAAUAUGUCACUGCAUGCCAAAAAAGAUUUACUAAACAUUAAAAGACGCUGUGUUUGACACAAUAAUUACA